AUGAACAACGAUUAUGUAAAUAAUAUUUAUCCUAAUCAGCCUAUUAUAAUAGACAAUGGAACUGGAUAUAUAAAGAGUGGAUUUGCUGGGGAGGAUAUACCCUCACUUGUAUUUCCAUCUUAUGUAGGGAGACCAAAAUAUAAACGUGUGAUGGCAGGAGCUGUUGAGGGAAAUAUAUUCGUAGGGAAUAAAGCCGAAGAAUAUAGAGGUCUUUUAAAAGUAACUUAUCCUAUUAAUCAUGGAAUCAUUCAGAAUUGGAAUGAUAUGGAGAAUAUAUGGAUUCAUGUUUAUAAUUCUUUAAAAAUUAAUUCAGACGAGCACCCUAUCCUAUUAACUGAAGCACCUUUAAACCCUCAAAAAAAUAAAGAAAAAAUUGCUGAAGUUUUUUUUGAGACCUUCAAUGUACCUGCUUUGUUUAUUUCUAUGCAAGCCAUUUUAUCUUUAUAUUCUUGUGGAAAGACUAAUGGAACAGUCUUAGAUUGUGGUGAUGGUGUAUGUCAUUGUGUGUCUAUAUAUGAAGGAUAUAAUAUAACCAAUACAAUAACAAGAACAGAUGUCGCAGGUAGAGAUAUAACAAACUACCUAAGCUAUUUGUUAAGAAAAAAUGGGCACUUAUUUAAUACAUCUUCAGAAAUGGAAGUUGUUAAGAAUAUGAAAGAAAACUGUUGUUAUGUUUCUUUUAAUAUGAGCAAAGAAAAAAACUCUUCAGAAAAAUCUGUUACUACUUUGCCGUAUAUACUGCCGGACGGAUCUCAAAUAUUGAUUGGAUCGGAGAGAUAUAGGGCACCGGAAGUUUUGUUCAAUCCUUCCAUUUUAGGAUUAGAAUAUUUGGGUCUUUCUGAAUUAAUCGUAACAUCAAUAACAAGGGCUGAUAUGGAUCUUAGAAAAACUUUAUAUUCUCAUAUUGUAUUAUCAGGAGGAACUACAUUAUUCCAAGGAUUUGGAGAUCGCUUGUUAAACGAAAUAAGAAAAUUUGCUCCCAAGGAUAUAACAAUAAGAAUUAGUGCCCCUCCUGAACGUAAAUUCAGUACAUUCAUUGGAGGAUCGAUUUUAGCCUCCUUAGCAACUUUCAAAAAAAUAUGGAUAUCCAAACAAGAAUUUGAUGAAUACGGGUCAGUUAUAUUACAUAAAAAGUCUUUUUGA